CUGGUGACAUAUGGUAUUGUCGUUGUGGCAACCGGAGUGCACAGACAGAUUUUUCUUUAACAGCAUGUGUAGUUGCGUAAAGAAAAUAGAAAAGGAGUAUAGGAAAGCCACUUUCCCCUCACUGUUUUUUUCAUCUUCGCUUUCGGCUUUUACCAAACAGAAAAUGUCUUGUAGUGCAAAAACUAGACGAUAGAUGGCAUUUUAUGCAUGUAUGACCAGCAGACGAAAAAACACGCAAAAUACGAAUGAAAGAGUGGGAUCCACGUUGCUGGGUGCCUUAAAGUCGAAGUGAAAGUUGCCGGGUUUUCUCUUUUCUGAGCAAAUACAAAAUGAGUGAAGGAGUUUCAAAAAAGAGGGCGGCAAGGAUUGAGCGAAGAAAAUCCAAAAUUUCUGCUAUUUUUAAAGUCGACGAAAAGCAAGAGAAUGUUUUCUGUAGAAUAGAAGAUGAACAGCUAGUUGAGCCUUUGCAGAAACAGCCUAAACUCAGUGAUGAAGAAUACCACACUCUUAGAAUAAAACUCAGAGAAAAAAAGAGGCAGAUACAGUGUGGCCCAACAUUUAGGCUGAUUCAACUAGGCCUCACAGCCAGUUUAAAUCUGCCCAAACCCUCCCGUGUUCCUGUUUUAGUGGCGGAUGUGCAAUCCCUGUUUUUGUAUACUAUUGUUGGUGAUACAUAUAAUUAUGACUCAUACAAAUGGUGUGAGCUUGCAAGAUGGAAUAAUUUGACACAAACACUAAUAUUUAUUGUUGAAGAUGUGUCAGUUGAUGAUUUUGAAGAAAACACUGACAUUUUUGCAGAGACCUUUAGAAUAUUUGAAGAUGGAGUGGAAAUGAGCAAUCCAGCAAGUGAUGGCUUUACUCUUGAUCUUGCAUUAGCUUAUGUACCCAUUAGUCACCAGAUGAAGAAUAGGGUUAUGGAAGGAUAUCCUUCAUUACAUGCUGCAUGUGAGGAUGGGUACAUUCACGGAGUUGCUGAUCCCACUGUUCAGAAAGUUAAUGCUAAUACAACUGCAGAAAGCCAUGCUGUGAAGAACCAUGAAGUUUUGUCCGGGCAGCCAUAUGGAAAUGAUAUAACAACUCAGGAGAAGAUGGGACAGAAAAAUAACGCAGCAGAUACAGAAAAACUCAGUCGAGAAAGCAGUGACCUAUCCAACAUUGUUGAAACAAAAACUAUCGGUGCAACUAGGCAUAAUGAACAAAGAAGGCAAUCCACCGAGGUGGACUCGAUAAACAAAGAUGAGGUGCAUGUUAGCAAAAUUGGAUCUUCAGUCGACGAUUCGAAAUCCGAUGUUUCGAUGCAAGAAGAAACAAGUGGAUGUAGUCGACUUGCACUUUUGCUAAAUGCCUCUCAGCUUAUAUCUGAACUAUAUCCUCUUCCUGGAUAUGAAGAGUAUGACAAUUUCAAGUUCACUCAAGAUAUAUACGAUCCCGUGACUGAUCGUUCGCCUAUGUUUUCGAUAGAUUGCGAGUGGUGCAUUUGUGUUGACGGGUCCUAUGGUUUAGCUCGUGUAGCCGUCGUCGAUGAACAUCUAAAAACCCUUUAUCAUACUUACGUUAAACCAGAUGUGGAAAUUGCGGACUACCUUACCAGAUAUUCGGGAAUAACAGAAGAAUUGAUAAGAGACGUUGAGAAGAGGCCAUUCGAUGUCCAGCAGGAUCUGCGAAAUCUAUUGCCCCCUGACGCCAUCCUUGUUGGUCAAUCUCUUCAGUCUGAUUUGAAAGCAAUGAAGUUGUUUCAUCCAUACAUAAUCGACACGUCCGUGAUUUUCAAUAUGACUGGCACGCGUAGCUUCAAAAGCAAACUUAAAGUGUUGGCAGCCUCCUUCUGUGGCCGUCAAAUUCAGAAUUCUAUGGAUGGCCAUGAUCCGACUGAAGAUGCUAUUGCUGCAAUGGAACUUGUAUUGUUAAAAAUGAAAAUGGGCACCGAGUUUGGAGAUCUGAUCCUAUCGAGGAAUGCUAUGCGAAAGAUCAAAGAUUCCGCCUUGGACCACGACAUUCAAAUGAAGCUGUUUACAUUCAUCCAGAGUCAUAAUAGGAGUGCAACAUUGAUUACCACGUCCCUGUCUCUGCAAAAAUCAUACCACCCUAGAUUACUUAAACUGAAGAAGGCCGUUGUUAAAUGCAAAAAAGCAGAUGAAUCCUUGGUAGACCCUGUUCAAAUUGUAUUGGCUAGUGAUUUUCAGGAUGCUGUAACAAUGACGAGAGCUUCACGGUUCAAUAGCAGUUUUACCCUUGUUCACACAUACGCAGGAAGAGAACAGCACAACCGUAAGGAGAAGCUGAAAGAAAUCGACAAAGCCAUUGCAAAUAUGUAUACUGGUAUCUCUUUGAACGGGAUGAUGAUUGUAAUUUUUGGCGGGAAAACUAAUCCGACACAGAACGGAGCCUGUCUUGUACGCGUUAAUAAGCGCUCAAUUUAGACGAUUGGUGGUGUGAAAUCUGAUUCAUUCAAAAUUCGCCGCAAACGGCGCAAUUUUUCAAAAUAGGGUGAUUUAAAACAUAAAUAAAAAAUUCCCAAAUUGCA